AUAAUAAUUUAGAAUGUUAUGAAAUGACAAAUAUAUCCAGCAUUGACAGGUGUCCAUCACAUGCAGCUGCAUAUUAUGAUUUAUUACAGCUAGUUUGCUGUCACAAAAACUAUAUAACAAAUGAAAAGGAGACUGAAUGAAGAGAAAAAAAAAAAAAAAAGAGAAGAAAAGAAAAAACUGUUCUCUAUGAUGUCCCUCAGUACUAUAUAUACAAACUCUUUCUUUAUAAUGGCUUUAAAUUGGUUACAUUUCCUAGGAGGUGAGAAAGAAGCAUUGACCUGAAUUUGGGUAAUGGAGAAGGGUUUGACUUCUAUUUUAUCCAGCUUUUUAAUUAGGACAAUAUAUUACAUAUAUUGAUUACAAUAUAAUUUCGAAACAUUGCCCAUUUCAUGGAACCUUACUCUCCAUUGAAAAAAUUAAAUUAAGAAUGAAAAAAGAAUCACUAACUCACCACUAAUUAAUUAAUUCACUUUUAUAGCUAUCAUCACUUCUGCAUUUGUAUAUAAACAAAUUACAACUAUUCCCUUCUCUCUUAAAAUUGCGAUUCUCCUCCCAAGCUUAUUCAAUCAAAUAAAAGGUGCAGCUUUUUAGCUAUGUUGAUGAAGAGCCUUACUUUCUUGAUGAUACUAGCUGUGUUUUAUCUAUCAAGAGUUGAAGCCAGCAGAUUAUUAACCCAAAAAACCACCACUACCACCACCACUAACCCACUAGAAGAUCAAUUUACACUUCUUUCUGAAGGAUUAAUACCAUCACUUUCCACUGAUCAGAAAACAGGGUUGGAGGAAGGUGGGUGCAAUGGUGGUUUAGAAAGUGAAGAGGAGUGCUUGAUUAGAAGGUCCAUGGCUGCUCAUGCAGAUUACAUCUACACACAAGAUAUUCAUGGAAUCCCUUGAAUCUUAUCUUUCUAUCUUUAUUUUCUUUUUCUUGUUAAAAUUUACAUUUUGUUUGAUUAUUAUAUAUCUUCCUGGCUUUCCUCCAUCCUGUUAUCUUGAAGGAAAUCAGAGUUUUGAUCAUUAAUAUAGAGAUGCGCAUUGACUUUGAGUAUA